CAAUGACCAGAAAUUAGGAAGGUUGUUUUCCGUACGUUCAUGUACAAUGCUUCGUACGUGCUUGUAAUGUGCUGUGCAUUGGGCCCGAUGCAUGCUACGCACGGAAACUGUAACUCCCUGUUGAAAUAAUUGCUCAAAUCAGCUUAAUCUGGUCAGCAGGUCUACCACGAAAAAAAAGCAUUUUCCAUUUCCCCCCAGAAAUUGACGGGUCUGGCCCGCCUGUUGCCUCCAGCUGAAUUUAUGUCCGUGCGAAAAUAGCAGCAAGAUCAGAAACAUGCUCGCGGCAUUGACCAGGUUCUUGGACUGGCUGAAAAGCUUGUUUUGGAAAGAAGAAAUGGAGUUGACGUUAGUUGGGCUUCAGUACUCGGGAAAGACGACAUUUGUCAAUGUAAUAUCGUCUGGCCAGUUCAAUGAAGAUAUGAUCCCCACCGUUGGUUUCAACAUGAGGAAGCUCACCAAGGGAAACGUAACAAUCAAGCUCUGGGACAUUGGCGGCCAGCCCAGAUUCAGGAGCAUGUGGGAAAGAUACUGUAGAGGUGUCAACUGUAUUGUGUACAUGGUAGAUGCAGCCGAUCACGACAAGCUGGAGGCUUCCACAAAUGAGCUUCAUAACCUCUUGGACAAGCCACAGCUGCAAGGAAUUCCAGUAUUAGUGCUUGGCAACAAACGAGACUUGCCGAACGCCCUGGAUGAGAAACAGUUGAUCGAGAAGAUGAAUCUCUCCGCCAUUCAAGACAGAGAGAUCUGCUGCUAUUCCAUCUCAUGUAAAGAGAAAGAAAACAUAGACAUCACACUGCAAUGGUUGAUACAACAUUCCAAGUCAGGGGGCAGCCGCUAGCACCGCAGAAGGGGUCAAGUAGAAAGGUCAUGGUUUAAGGGUCAACAUGGGCUUGACCAAGUUUAUCGUAGGUAUUUCGUUGUACAUAAUCCUCCACCUUGUAUGUAUACAUACUAACGAGGUGAAGUUAGGUAUACUUGGAAAUCUCAAGGUACCAUUUACUUGCUGUCAUAUGCGAAUGGCUGUAGACAUAAUCAUGUACAGAUUCUGGGUUUUUUCCUCUGAUGUACAAUUUCAGUCUACCAAAGUAGUGAAAGGUACCCUUUUUAAUUCUUCAGUCCAGACAGUCUUUUGACUUGUCAAAUGGGUCUGGUAAACAUUACAUUUUCGAUCGACACAACGUUUCCUUUUAUUAUCCAGAUCAAUAGGUUUUGUAUAUGAUAAGUCCAGAGAUGAAUGGUGCGUACAGAAAAGAAAGUCCAAUAACAGAAAUAAGUUUUUCUUAGAGCUCAUGUAGGGGGCGGGUGCUACUACCGACUCCGUGAAAUGUACUUAAGCAACUGCAGACUUGUGACUGGAUAUUCUAAGUCAGUCUUGAAUUCUUUUACAGAAAGUCGUGAAAAGGUGAAAUUGAUUACAUGUGAAUGCUGAUAGCAACACAGACUGUAUAUUUUGUUACAACUACAAAAAAACUGGCAAUGACUGAAGUGGUUAUGGGAUACUUCGCAGUCUUUCUCUCAGUUACUUACCCUAUGACAGCAAUUAAAUGUAAAUUGAUAUAAAAAAAGAUUAUUUUGCGGGGCACACAUGGUAUACUGAAAGACCUUGUUGCCAUCCUGUUGGAUUUUAUGCCAUGUAAGAAUUAUAUGUUUAACAUUUUGCUUAGCUUUUACAUGUUCUUUGUAUCAAUUCCAAGCCUUGUGGAAGGUUUCAAUUUCAUAGAAAUAAUAUUUGAUACGCGGUGAAGGAAGGUUUUGUACAUUUCUUGCAUUCAUUUACUUUUGCCAUGAACGAGAGUGUACGUUGUUUGGUCGUAGCUCAGUGUUGUUUCGAAUUCAUUCAAAAUCCUGCAAAGAGGGCUUUAUUUUUCAAACGAAAUCUUAUGUCAAUCAUCAAAGUGGAAAGAAAAUGUAAUUAUUGCCUAAAGUAGCAUGGAACUUAUUCUGCAGCGCCCUCUCUUGGUAAUCAUUCAGCAUUUAUAGACUUGUACCAGUCCUUUCAGUACAUUGAGCUGCACUCCAUAUUUUUUCUAGACAACAAACCACAGUAUAAUCGUUCAGUCAGCAGCAUAUCGAGUGUCAGUUGAUGACCCUUUUCUGGCACAAUUAUUUAGUCUUAUAUAUGUAUAAAGCAGAGAAACUCAACUGUCUCAUUGUUGAUGCGUUUGUUUGAAUUGACGACCUGUUUAAUCCAGGGCAAAUUUGCAGUAUGUAACUGAGGACGAGUGUGAAUUAUGAAAGAGUUCUCCAAGACCCGUGAUAUUCAACGGACAAGAGCAAAACGUUAUUUCUGAAUAGUCAAAAGAGAAUGAUAUGUCUACCUUUUGUUGAUGCAUGAUAUCUGGUCCCUCAGUUUUGUGGGCGCAGAUCUGAAGGGAGAAAAUGUUCAGAAAUUCAGAUCUUUUUUUUUUUCAUUUGGAAAUAACGUAUGUAAUUGAAAUUAAAAUACAAACUCGUAAAUGUGAUGUAAACAAACAUGUAAUGCUUAGCAACAAAAAUUGAUCAUUCUCCAUUUUCAUAAAAGUGAGUAGGUAAGGAAUAAAAAAAAAUAGUCUGUUCGUGUUGUCACAGUUUGUACGUAAAAGUGAACCAGUAAGUUCUGCUUAACUUGUUUUGUUCCAGCAGAUGCAGCACCCUUUCCAUCUUGGGCUGGCUAAUCAGCAACACUGGUUGUAUCGAGCACAUCGCGUAAAAGCAGCUUCAGAUUUUUUAUCGGGAAGGAUUGAUUACUGUUGAAGCAUUGAUUUGCAAAUACCAGUAAUACACAAGCACACGUAAACCUGAACAGAGUCCAGUCCAUGAGUACCAGAGUCAUUGUAGUCCAGUGCAGUUGGACGACAAUUCUAGAAGUGUAGGGCAUGUGUUGUCGUCCAGCCCUUUGGUAACUUCAUUGAUGAUGUUGCGCAGAAUUUGUUGUGAAAAGAUCGACACAGUUGUCAACAAUUGAAGGCGGUCAUCUGGAAUCAAAAGCAAGGUGAUCCCUGUAAGAAUUCUCGUAAAACUUAAUAUCUGAACUGAGAUGGUGUAGUAAAGGGAAGCAAUGCUCCGAUGGAUCGUUCCGAGUUACGGAUAAAAGUUUUGUUGCCUUUAUUGUCCAAAUGAAAACAAAAUUCAAAGUGAGGCCAAAGAAAAAUUGUCAGGCUCCUUCAAGGACCCAGUAUAGAGUGUUCCAUAAAUAAAAUGGAUUCUGGGAUCACGGUCUAAAAUGACCAUCUCGUGAGUAAAGCCCACAGAUCUCAAAGUCACUUGGUAAUAAAGCCGGAAUUAUAGAAAGAAUUAUUGAAAAUAGUUGGAACUAUUGAAAAGAAAAAAGGUGGACACACUUCUUUUUUUCUAGUAAAAGAAACAACUCCAUGCCACUGGAAAGUCUGUUUGGAAUAGUGGUCUGUUUCUUUAUUGUGGUCGAAGGAAUCUAGCCCGAACGAGGUCAGAUUCGAUGAUGUACAAGUGUAUACACGCAUCCCACUCCUUUUCCAUGAACUGUUUUUCUUUCCACUUACCUAACAAAUGUUGAUGGGAAGAGUACCGUAGUCGCUGACGUGUGUCAGUUGAAUAGGGUUUGCCGAUCUGAUGUGAAAGAUCCACCGCAGAAAAGGUUAAAUCCCUUUUCCGAUCUGUAUGCUUCCAAUCCAACUGGAGGUUUGGAGAAUUUAAGGGAAGGUACACAACCAAGUCACUGUUGCUGUAUGUACGACUUGAUGUCAGUGGGAAGUAAAAGAUUACCUCAUUGGGUUCGUGUACAUUGGUGGAUUUUGUAGGAUUCGGGAGUUUCAUAGCAAACUGACUUGGGAGUUAGGGUUGAGAGGUGCAUGGCACGAAAUGCACGUACAUCUAGUUCUCUGGAAAUGAAAGAUUGGCACAGAAAUAUAAAUCGCAUGUUUCUGUGAUGUUGAAGAAUGCCGUAAGUGACUGCAAUAUUGCAGUCAAGAUGGUGUUGCUUGUUUUAUACACAUUUAUAUACAAAUACAUUUAUAAUUGAUGGAAUAGUACAGUGUGGUAAGCUGUCUGUGAUGUUUACCUAAGCACCGCCGAUUUUCUAUGUGCUAAAAAUAGACUUUUAGAAGAGGAAAGUCAGUGUUUUAUUUACAAAACGUUUUGAUUGUUAAUCACAUCACAGAGUUUACCUUACUUUAUUUCUCUGACGUCGACCCAACUAUUGUACUUUUAACCAUGCAUCGUUAAAUUGAAUUUGCGAAUUUCUUUGCAUUCUGUGGAUGCUGCUUUGUAAAAGCAAAAAAACAAACUCGACCGAAUCUCCCAGAACGCAGGCGCUUCUCUUGCCAUCAAUGUCUUUCAUAGCCAGUUCAGGGCAAAUGCUUGGAAGAGAGAUGCACAUAAUUAUAUAUUAUGUAACUGGACUCGUAUCGACAUCAUUUUGAAGAAUACUGUUUCCGGUAUGGUUUUAUAGUGGAGGAAAUUGUUAAUUAAUCCUACCAUACGUCCUGUGAAGCCGAGAAAUUGAGUCGACUGUAGCCUUUUUUGGGGGGGUCAAUUAUUAAAUUUCCUUGGCUAUUGAUUUUAUUGUCGAGUGUUUUGCCCUUGACGUGUAUUGACACACCGAACACGUAAUAAACUGUGACUAUUGGAGGUUGAA